AUGAAUGCCGUUAAUGUCGGCUUAAUUGUAUUCACUUUGCUCUACUGUGUUGAUCGAAAAAUUCGGAGAAUCCUGGGCCUUUAUCUGCUACUACUAACAACUCAUGCCCUCGCUAAGUGUGCCGUGACCCCUUCAUCCUCUCGCAUCCGAUCGAUAACUGGAGACAGCGUUGCAAGCACGUUAGCAUUGAAGUCGAAUUUUGAAAGGCCAGUCUUCGUGAGCGUGGGCUUUGAAGACGAACAUGGAUCCGCCGAAGUCUUAUUACUCCCCGAAGAAGUGGGUCCUGCCGAUGUUCCUGUGGGUCCUAAUCCUGGUGAGGUUCCUGUGCAAAAGUGCUCGACGAGCAGAUCGCUUCCCUUUUGCUCAUCUGCACUACUUCUCCCUCUGGUUGGGACGCAAUCGAAUCUUCUCCAGAAAUAA